AUGGGCAGUGCACCAGAACCGAAGAGUAAAUUUCCCAUCAUCCUCGGCGCCGGUCUAUACGGAAGCUAUGACCGAUUCGAGGGUGCUCGAGUCAAAACCGUCGACGACGCCAAAGUCAUGUUCGAUAUUUUCCAGACAUAUGGCCAUAAGGAAGUCGACACGUCACGCAUUUAUUCCGCUGGAUCAUCAGAGGAGUUCCUUGCUGCUGCCGACUGGAAAGGCCGAGGUCUGAAUGUUCGCGACAAGUUGUAUCCAACCAAGGGCAAGCCCCUGGGCCAUUUGGGACCAGCUUAUAGCCUUGAACCGACAGAUGUGCGCAAAGGCCUGAUGGACUGUCUUGAGGCUUUGAAGACGGACAAACUCGAUAUCUUUAUCCUGUAUGCACCUGACCGCAAGACCCCCCUUGAAGAUACGCUGCGAGAGGUGAACAAGCUCCACGAAGAAGGAUAUUUCAAGCGGCUCGGUAUCGCGAACUAUAUGUCGUGGGAGGUGGCUAAAAUCUGCGAGUUGUGUGAUCGAUACGGCUGGAUCAAGCCCAGUAUCUACCAAAGUCUGUACAAUGUUCUCUCCCGCGCCAUAGAGCCGGAGCUCAUUCCAUGCCUGCGCGCGUAUGGGCUAGCUUUGCACACCGGACAGCCCCUGGCCGGUGGUUUCCUCACAUCGCGAUACACGCGAGACUACCCAGUGACUGAACACGAGGCAGGCUCUCGUUUUGAUCCCAAGUGCUUUCAUGGCAAACACCAUCGGUUCCGCUACUGGAAUGAUACCAACUUCGAUGCCCUUGACAUGAUCCGUGCCGUGGCUAAGAAACACGAUCUUACUGAAGUCCAAUGCGCCAUGCGUUGGCUCAGUCAUCACAGUUUGUUGGAUAAGGAGCGUGGCGAUGCUAUUAUUAUCUGUGGUGUCACUCCUGGUCAGUUGAAGGAGGAUUUGUCUGCUUUGGAAGAAGGUCCUUUGCCGGAAGAGGUCGUGCAGACUUUGAAUGCGGCGUAUCUCAAAAUUUGGGGCCUGGUUGGACCAUACAACCAUUGA